CAACAAGUUGUUUUGUUGUUGUAAGCCAAGAUGGUCGGUUAAUGUUGAGCUCUUCCUUUGAAUACCCAAAUCUCAAUUCCCCAAUAUUCCCACUUAAACCCUAACAUUUAUCGCCUUUGAUUCCACUCAUCAUCAUCCAAUUUUGCAUUAUUCGUCGACAGCCUUGAUCCUCCAGGCACACCUACUAUAAUUUGAUUAAUCAUUUACCUAAUGGAAGCUUGUGUGAUUAACCGGUCAUUGUGAGUUGAUUUUCUGUUUGUUUCUCCUCAAAUUUACCAAUAAUGGCCGAGGAAGAAGAUAACGACGCCGUAUUAAGUGAUGUUGAAGAAGAAGAUAAUCCUCCGCCGACGGUGUUUGAUGGAACUUCCUCGUCAACAGAGAAUGUGUCGGUUGAGAGAUUCCGAGAGGUGGUUGCGGAGCUUGAUCGUGAACGCAAAGCUCGUGAGGCGGCAGAGAAUUCGAAAUCCGAAUUGCAAACUUCGUUUAACCGGUUGAAAGUUCUCGCACAUGAGGCGAUCAAGAAACGCGACGAGGUUACUCGCCAGAGAGAUGAGGUUUCUAGGGCGAAUGAGAAGUUAUCGGCGCAGUUAGCUGAAGCUGUUAAAGAGAAAGAUGAUUUGUUGAAGCAGAAAGAGGAUUUCGCUAAGCAAUUAGAGGAAUCCGUGAAGGCAAAGGAUUCAUCUAGGUCGGAGAUCGAAACUGCAGCUCAAAUGUUAGUCACAGGAAUUGAUAAAGUAUCAGGUAAAGUGAGUAACUAUAAGAACUUCACUGCCGGAGGGUUACCUAGGUCUCAAAAGUAUUCCGGAUUGCCUGCUAUUGCUUAUGGAGUCAUCAAGAGGUCAAAUGAGAUUGUUGAGGAGCUUCAUAGACAGAUCGAAUCAACAACAAAAUCAAGGAAUGAGGCUCGGGAGCAAAUAGAUCAGAGGAAUUACGAGAUCGCCAUUGAAGUAUCUCAGCUUGAAUCCACCAUUGAUGGACUUAGAGAGGACGUCUCUAAGAGGGAUUCUGUCGUUCAGGAUUUGGAGAAGUCCAUAGCUGAAAAGGAUGAAAAGAUAUCGAAUUUGGAAACAGAGUUGUCAACGAUACAAGGGUUAGUGGAUGAUUAUGGUGUAAAGUUGAAGAACAUGGAGUUGCGGAUGGAUUCACAAAAGCCAUUGCUAGUUAACCAGUUGGAUUAUGUUUCAAGAAUACAUGGUCAAAUCUGUAGUGUUAUCAAGAUACUGGAUGAUGAUAAGAAAAACCAAUUGGAUUUGUCAGAAUCCUUAUUUCUCCCACAAGAAACAGACAUUGAAGAGAAUAUACGUGCCUGUUUAGCGGGAUUGGAAUCCGUAAGUGACUUAAGCUCAAUUGUUCACGAAAAAACAAAGGAUUUGGUUGCUGAGAGAAACCUACAAGUGAAAAGCCUGAAUGAAAGCAUAACUCAUCUAAUAAGGGAGAAAGAACAUAUCGGGUCUCUGCUGAGAAGUGCUUUAUCAAGAAGAAUGUCAGCUGAUCUAUCAUCUAAAACCAAUGAACUUUUCAGAGUUACAGAAAAUGGGUUAAGAGAAGCAGGGAUUGAUUACACAUUUAGCAAUCAUACAGAUUCAGAUGUGGACAAAACAGACGAUGAAAUAUACACUUUGGCUGGUGCUCUUGAAAACAUUAUAAAACAAUCUCAGCUUGAGAUUAUCGAGCUACAGCAUAGUGUUGAUGAACUAAGGGAAGAAACAAGGGUACUUAAGGAAAAUGCAGAAGCUCAAGCGAAAGAACUUAUGCAAAGAAACGAAGAGGUGGAGGAACUUAAAGAAAAAGAGAGGGUAGCAAAUGAAAAUGUUGAAGGGCUUAUGAUGGACAUUGCUGCAGCUGAAGAAGAGAUUACAAGAUGGAAAGUUGCAGCGCAGCAAGAAGCUGAAGCAGGAAAGGCCAUAGAACAAGAGUAUGUGGCACAGUUGUUUAAGGUGAGGCAAGAACUGGAAGAAAUGAAGCAAGUGGUGAUGGAAUCUGAGAAAAAGAUGAAGUUUAAAGAAGAAACAGCAGGUGCUGCCAUGGCAGCUAGAGAUGCGGCUGAGAAAUCUUUGAGAUUGGCGGAUUUGAGAGCAGCGAGGUUGAGGGAGAGGGUGGAAGAGUUGACUCGUCAACUUGAAGAAGCUGAUACACGUGUGAGUUCGAGUACAAUUGGUCAAAGUGGUGCCAGCUCAGUCGUUUACUCAGUCCAUUCUACUGCUAGCUGCUUUGCUUUAUUUUCUUCACAGUCAAGGGUUUUAGAACCAUCCUCAGAUGAGUUUAAUCCGCUAGUUCUCUAG